UUCCCAGAAAGGGCCCCAGUUCGAGUCUCUGGACUUCCUGGAGAAAGGGUGUUAGGAGAUGUUAAGGAGACUACCAGGAAAGGCUUUAGCAAUGGUUGGGUGGAAAAGAAGGCAAAGGUGGUGAUUGGGCUAAGUCUGAAAACUCUACAAAUGGCCAACAAGGAGCUUUUGGCUUUGCUGUUCAGCUUGAAAGAAAGAAAAAAAACCGUUAUGGGAAACAGGUGUAGUUUGCACACGCUGGGGCACUGUUGGUGAAACGUUCUUGAAAAGACACCUGCCCGAUGCAACCAAGGCUAAAUUUAAUCUGCUCCUCCUAUCAUCAAUCCAAGGAUGUGGGGAGUGGAAGUCAGCCGCACCUGGCAAAGCGCCACGGGUCAUAGAAAUAAAAACCUAGCAGCACCCAGGACCUAAAACUCCAGGGAGUAGCAACCAAAAUGACUUUUCUGUGGGCGUCUCUCACUUACCUAGUGCUCCUUGAUGUUGCCUGUGCCAUUAAGCCCAAUGUGAAAAAUACAGAGAGAAUUAUCAACGGGAUGGAUGCCAAUCGUGGUUCUUGGCCCUGGCAAGUCUCACUACAGACUAACUCACGUUUCCAUAUAUGUGGUGGUUCCCUGAUUAAUGAGAAUUGGGUUGUUACAGCUGCUCACUGCAAUGUGAAACCGGGAGUACAUUUUGCUUUCGUUGGACUGCAUAACAGACUUGAUAAUGCUGCGCCAGUCCAGUGGCGAUCCAUAAUCAAGGUCAUCACUCGUCCUGACUGGGACUCCUACAAUCUAAAUAACGACGUCGCCCUAUUGAAGCUGUCUAGUCCAGUGCAGCUGAAUGCCUACAUUUCUCCGGUCCGCCUGGCUUCUCCCACGGAAGUUUUACCCCAAGGUUCCAAGUGUGUCACAACCGGUUGGGGACGGAACAAUCUGAAUUCACAACAAUCCGCAGUCAUAUUACAGCAAGUCGUUCUUCCUUUGGUGCCGGUAGACGUGUGCCAGCAAAAACUUCCCAAACCGAUCACCAGUUCUAUGUUAUGUGCGGGUGGAGCUGGUGCCACAUCCUGCCAUGGCGAUUCUGGUGGUCCUCUGGUAUGCCAGAAAGGCUCCAGCUGGACUCUGGUUGGCAUCGUCUCCUGGGGAAGCCCCAACUGUAACGUCUGGACUCCUGCUGUCUACGCCCGCGUCUCCAAAUUCCGCAACUGGAUUGACCAAACAGUAGCUAGAAAUUGAUGACACCCAUGGGAAACACAAGACCAACGCUGUCACUGGGAUUCCGCCCACCCUCC